GCGAUAACACCUCACCGAGCUGCGUUUCCCUCUCCUUCUCUAUCGAGAGAGAGAGAGAGAGAGAGAGAGAGGGAGAGAGUGAGAGAGUGAGAGAGAGACACGGGACCCGCCCACCCCUGCAAAGUCCGAAUCGCGGCCCUACGCGUCCGCAUUUCAAGUCCCGCGUCGCGACGCGCGUCGAGCGAUUAUCGCCCCGCGCGCUCGUCUUACCGCUGACACGUAACGUCGUCGCUGACACCGCGGAGUGAUUUUCGGCGAGCGAGGUUGGGUCUCUCGGUUAUACUCGCCGCGUCUAUGCCGCGAGAUUCUUUCUUGUUUCUGGCUUGUUUCAUCUUUUUUUCCAACACCGACGCUGACGCCGCUACGCUGUGUUGUUCUCAAGUGAAUUUAUCGCCCAAGCUGCCUGCACUUCGUAAUCACGGAAUUUUCGAUCGGUUUCGACGAAAGGAGGGAAGGUGCGGCUCUGUAUACUUAUGCAUAAGUGAAUAUCCGCGGUCACGGGAUUUUAAUCAAACGUCGGAGCGGAUUUCGAAACCAUUUACGAACGAGUCCGAAACUCGGUUAAAGUUCGGCUUGUGACUACGGUACAAAACUUGUCGUGCGGGGCUCUUGAUCCAAAACCUUGAAAAUGUCGAUGCCAAUCAUCGCUUCUCUCCUCCUCUUCGGGGUCGUCUAUCUACCCGGCUCUCACACAUCGGCGGCAAAAGAUGACAUCAUAGUCAGCGUCAACGUCCCGCCCCAAGCCGAAGUUGGAUCCACCGUCGAUUUCACCUGCCAUUGGAAGCUGAGUCCCGGGAACAAACUCUACUCGGUAAAGUGGUACAAGGGCGAACACGAGUUCUUUCGAUACGUGCCCGAGGUCGAUCCGCAGAUGAAAACCUUUCACCCGAUCGGAGUUUCCGUAGACAAAGAGGCCAACACCGAGCACUCGGUACGGCUGACAAACCUAACACUUGAAACAUCCGGACAAUACAAAUGCGAGGUAUCGACGGAGGCUCCGGUCUUCGCCAUCGGUUACAAGUUGGCCAACCUCACCGUUGUCUCUCUUCCGGAACGAAAGCCGGAUAUCACGGGGCUCUAUUCCCACUACGCCGUCGGUGCAAACGUAACGGCCAACUGCACCUCGUGGCCGUCGAAGCCUCCAGCCUCCAUCUCGUGGACCGUCAACGGCGAACCGGUUCCAUCGGAAAAUACGAUCGUGUACAAGCAGCCGUCACCGACAGCCGCGAAGGGGGGUCGUACGAUUUCGGGCCUUCGGCUAGAGGCCGACGCUCGAUACUUCGAGAGGGAUGGAGGAACAGCGAUCCUGCGAUGUAUAGCGAUGGUUGGUAUCAAGGAAUUCGUGUCUGAAAGUCGGGUGAUCGAAGCGCACGUGAACAACGAACGUCUCAGCGCCGCGGGCGACAUGCUGAGGGGUUCCGGGAAAGGGACUCGGGUGGACCUCAACUUCACGAUGGUCCUUCUCGGAAUCGCGGCGGCCAUUUUGCAUCAGGCGAAUAUCCUCGCGACGUGACCGAUCGUCGCAACGCAUCCGGAAUCCACUGACUAGUUUGUUGAUUAAUUGCUGGUAAGCGUGACACGCGCGUCAAACACUGGGACAGUGUCGUUUGAAUUUGAGUCGGUCGUCCAAUAUUUUCAGAGAAAGAUAAGAGAGUUAAAACAGAGAGAAUAAUGAGAAAAUAUUAUAUUAUUAAUAACACACACACAAAAUACGUGUCGCGCACUGAUUCUCAAACUUAAUUAUAUCUUAUAGCAUAAUAUAUAUAUAUAUUAUUAUAUAUCUAAUAUUAAAUCACUAUAAUUAUAAUCCAUACAUAUACGUAUAUAGGUAUAAUUACCCUCAUCUAGUUAAUUUGUUUAUGACCCAUGCCGCGCCAAAGCUUUACUAUUAUGUUUUCAGUAAUAGUUUAAUUACAUUAUUUAUCUAUUUAUUUAUCUUCUCAACUCUACACUAGUCAUUCGAGUACUUUUACCGAUAUCUGUUUUGUACAGUUAAUAAUAAGGCGUUUACAAGUCUGAUUUAACAACCUUCACUCCGAAUGAAAAAUCAUAAUAUCUGCUUAUCGCUGUACCCCAAAUCUGUGUAAAUAGAAUUUUCCCAGUUUCCGCCUAAACCGAAUUCGUUGCAGUUUUUUCGGGUGUUGGCAGGGUUGCUUUCUCUUUCAAAGGAUGAGGACAAAUAUUAACUGAAAAAGCUUCGUGUCUAACAGGAGAAAAAUUGAAUCACUGCGUCAUGAGGAAUUUUACGGCUAAUUAUUUUCGUGAUAAAUUUAAGUAGCUCAGUGGGAUGUAUAUAUAUAUAAUAUAUGAAUUCCGGAAGAUGUUGAAUUUUUUACGCAUUUUUAUACGAACAAGUGAAUGAAUAUUCAACAAAUAUAUCCAAUCCCUCUAAAGUUGACUGAAUAACGUGAUUAUACCAUGAAAUACUUGAAAACGAAUGGCUCGUUACUCGCCGCGAGAAAUAUCGGUGUGUUAUUCUUAGUAAUUUAUUUCGCUCUACCGUUUUACAUUCCCUAGUCAUAUAUUGUUCAAAGAAAAUUUACUGCUGAGUGGAAGCGCGAGUUCAAAACUUGCUAUUGGUUACGAUUAUCGUUUAAUACGUUUAACCUGAUCUACUUUAACUGCGUCUUUUCUCGUUGUAAUAAUCAUAAUAGUAAAGCCUUGGCACUUGACACAUGUCAAGAAAAAUUUAACGUACCGUAAUUUCGGCUGGAUACAUUGAUAGCGAAAAAUUGACGCAAAAAAUAGGAAAGAAAAGUGAAGGACAGUGUGAGACUAGCUUCGCUUAACAUAUCACACCGUCACGCUCUACCGUACAUUUUCAAACAUACGCAGGCGCACUAGCAGACGAAACCACCUCGGAACCAGCUGCCACUUCGCAUUUUCUAUGGCUCGAUUCGACCUAGGAAAUGAAGUUUUCUUCCAAAUGAUUGCAGAUUCACAAUCCCUGGAUCUGAACAUAUUCCAUACAUUGGUUUUUAUUCGUUUUUCACAUUGAGUUGAAUUUGAGAUCGCAGUUUUAUCGACACAACUGAUUCUACACCGUUUUUUAUUUGCAAAAUCGAACGAGCACCUUAAAAGAUACUAAAAUGAAACAUUUGGAAGAAAGGAACAUUAAUUAUGCGUACAAUAUUGUAAGUUAGAGUAAUGUGGCAAUGGUUGGUCGGCUUGGUGAUCAAGUACGGUUUGAAACUACUAUAGUGAAAAUGUACGAUAUUGUUUAAGCUCAAGAUCGUUGUUGAUCCUUAAGAUUUUUGUAACUGUCGAUUUUUCAAUUCGGGGGUGCUAGUGAAUUGAUGAAAUUUUAGUAAACGGUAUAGAGAGGAAGAGAAACGAUCAGAUAUAGAUAAUUGCGUUCACGUUGAAUUUCGCAUUACAUUUAUACAAUAUUUCAAACCAUUACUGGUGAAGGAAUGAAAAAGAACGAAAACACAAGGUAACAAUGACGAAUGAACGAGAGCUUCUGGAAACGAUGCGGAGAGCACCGCUUGCGGAAUUACAACCAAUGAAAUAAUUUCCGGGGGUGGUAAGACGUGUAAAGAAUGGUGAAACUCGUCACGGCGUAACUAGAUAUAUAUAUACCUAUAAUAAAUAAAACGCGAGAAGAAUAAACUCGCGAAGAAAAGAAAAAUAGUAUAUGAUACGGCUAUCACAACGAGUAAAGUAUAAGUUAUUCAGAUAACUGUCAACGUCGGAUUGUGCAUUAUUACAUGUUACAUGGGAGCAAAGAAACAGAAUGAAGAAUUCAAGUGGCGCUUUUAUCGCAGCUUUUCCAUCCGUGACUGUAGGCCAAUUGUAUGAGCUAUUUGCGGAGGAGUUGAUCGGUUUUUCGCCCCAGCAUUAUCAGACUGUACAAGGCAGAAAGAUAGAUCUCCCUUUAUGUAUAGGGGCGCAUAAACCACGAUACAUAUUUUAUUGCCAAGGGCUGUGUAUAGCCGAACCCAAUAAAUGGACCGAGAUGUGCGAAGCUGUUUGUUUGUGACAAACGUUCUCCGGCAGGAAACUGUACGGUUUUCCCGUGGUACAGAGAUGUGGGCGAGAGGCCAGAUCGAUAAGUCGAUAACCCUUCGAUACAAGCACGCAUAUUCGAACUUUGACAGUUAGGUUUUUUUACUCGAAUUUUCUUCUUUUCCACAUUUCGUUCGGAAUUCGGAGAAUACAAAAAUGGUAUACUGAUACAGGAAACGGGGUAAAAAUACAUUUUUAUUAAUUGUAUUUCAUUAUUGUUUUUAUUAUUUUCAUUUAUUUUCUCUUCACGCGAAACAAAUUUUAUCCUUCGCCGAUGACCCAAAAAAUUCAGAUUCCAGCGGGCGUGUUUACCUGUGUAGAAAAAAAAUAACGAACAUGAUUUACAUACAUAUGACUUUUAUCCCAAUCGCGACGAGUAUGUAUACAUGUACAACAAUUACAUUUUUAAUUCGACGAAUUUUUCGUCAGGCUCAAAUUUCAUUUCAUUCCGUAAAAGAGUAAUUUAUUAAUUAGUAAAUACGAUAGGAAUCAGAUUUUUGUAACGAGUAUAAGAGGAGCAAGCAACAAAUGAAAACUAGAACGUGAAUAUAGUAUGUUGCAUGCACGUAUAUUUACAAUUUUUGAAUCGUGUUGAUAGCGUGCUAGUUUUAUUGAUUCAGUGAAACAGCGGCAUGCAUGUGUGCAGCUGACAAGGGGAAUCAAAAUAUGUGAUUUUAUACUGUGUUGAGAAACAAAACGAAAAAAAAAUAAAAAUAAAAAAAAAAAAAAAAAAAAAACAAUCGAUGAAAGUUGAAACGAAAAGUAAAAAUAUGUAUA